AUGACUAAGUUUGCAACUGGAGGGCGAGACGACUCGCGAGGGGCGAAUGACAUUCUUAAAAUAGGUACUGCCGUACCUAACAGAAUAUUUGUUGGUGGAAUUUCCGGCAGUACAAGUGAAGAAGACUUACGAAACCUCUUUUCCAAGUUUGGGAAUGUUAAGGCAACGAAGGUAAUUGUUGAUAAAGCAGGAAUUUCCAAAGGCUAUGGAUUUGUAACGUUUGAAACAGAAGAGGAAGCUCAGAAAAUUCUAGUUGAGGUCGACUGUUUGACUCUCAAAGAUAAGCGACUGAAUAUAGCUCCUGCUGUUAAAAAACAGCCUUAUGGCCGGUCUUUGGAAACCACUUCAAUGAAUUCAGCUCCUCUAAUUUGGUCUGCUCAACCGUACUCCGGAACAACUGGACUCGGUAGCAAGGAGUCCGUUUAUUACCCACAAUUUUACGUGGUCGGAAGGGGUAUAGCAAAAAGGAAGUCCCCUUUGCUUGAGUCAGAAGAGGUCCGAUUUGUUCUUAGAAGUUACAGCUUCGGGCAGGAGACGAAACUUAAAACCACAGAAGUGCAGCUGGCUCAUUGGCCCCUGGUUUGGCCUCAGUUGUACUUGCCUCAACAGUGUCACUAUCCACCAGUCCCACAAACAGGUUAUCCGCAAUAUGUCUACCCUGUUCCUCCUUCGGAUUAUUACUACCCUUCGCUUGGGACUGUGUCAGGAUCCGACUUUUCAGAAACCUCAUCUGCUGAUAGUACUGAUAGUGGUAAACCUCGAUCCAAGGCGACCUGCUCUACUCCUGUUCCCUUGGAUUACGACCGUGGCAAACAGAUUCAACAAAAAGUCGCUCAUACUCCAACGUCAUCUCACAGACAUGGCAAUGGAAACGUUGAAAGUCCAACUAGCUACGUUCACUCUUCUCCUUUCCAAAAUUUGCAUCAUGUGUUGGCGAAGACGGUGAAUGGUGUUACCAUGAUGGCGUACCCAAGCUCGUUUGUUAUGGGUAGCCCCACUAUCCUUCACUUGAAGGAAGGUAAUGGAGAAACGGAUGGUAUGCUGACAGACUUGGGAUUCCUGCCUUCUUCAAUUGCAUCGGGCUCCUUAACUCCACCUCCCACGCCUCUUGCCUCCUUAUCUUGCGAUUUCAAUGUCAAUACCAGCAUGGAAAUGAUCAGAAAGAACUAGAUUUCUUACACAACGCUAAUUAGUCAAAUGGUUAUCAGAGAUGAUCAUUGGCAAAUAUAAAGAGCUUAGCUGUAACUGCUAUUUCGUGCUCAUCAAACGAAUUUAAUUUUUGUAUAAUCUAUGUUUAUAAGUUUUUAUGUGUCUAACGUCCCUUCCUCGCUUCCCUUAAAGCAAGUUUAAUUUAUUGCGCAACUGCUUUUAUUUCAGUAAACUUCUGUCAACUAUUGUAUUGACUCAGACUAAUUUUAUACCCCAGCUCACUGAAAUUUUAUUUGUUUGGUCUUUCAAAUCCUGUUUUAUUUAUGUGUGAGUGUUUAAUUAUCGUGAUGUAUUCGUGUUGUAGCUUUAUCUGUGGUAAUAGUUACUAACAUUCGAAUAAGUGCUAUAUAAAAAAGCGAAUUAAGUUCUUAGAACUGUUUUAAUACUUUUACAACCCCUUCCAACCUUUUUAAGACUUCAAAUUCAUAUUAGUACCAAAGUGUGUCAAAACAAAUAGCCUUUUGUGUACUCUUGCAUUA